AUAUUUUAAUUGUUAUCCGACCCGGAGAAUUGAAGGAAGGUCAACUCCCCCCGCGCGCUGACUUCCCGAGAGGCACACCUAUAAAUACACUCGCGUCGCUCGUGUAGUCAUGUGCACACCGCCAAAACCCCACGGACCAGGCACACCAAGCAAAGGAGGCAAGAGGGCGACUGGUGUCUGGUGGUCGGUCGGUCAGCCUGACUUCCUGAGCAUCGACGACGACGAUGAGCCGUGCGGCGAGCGGCGGCGGCGGGAGAGGGGCGGAGCGGCGGUGCCGGUACCGGGGCGUGCGGCGGCGGGCGUGGGGGAAGUGGGUGUCGGAGAUCCGGGUGCCGGGGACGCGGGAGCGCUUGUGGCUGGGGUCCUACGCCGCCCCCGAGGCCGCCGCCGUCGCGCACGACGCCGCCGCGUGCCUCCUCCGCGGCCUCGCGGGCGCCGCCGCCGCGGGCCACCUCAACUUCCCCGAGCGCGCCGCGUGCUACGCCGCCCACCGCGGCGGCCGCGCGACGCAGCCGCCCCUGUCGCCGCGCUCCGUGCAGCGCGUGGCAUCCGACGCCGGCAUGGCCGCCGACGCGCAGCUCGUCGACGCGCGGGCCGCUCUGCCGUCGCCGUCGCCGCCCGUCAGGGCCGCCGUUGGCACCACGGCUGGCGCUGCUAGCGUCGGCAUUGGCGCCGCGCGAGGUGGCGAAGGCGCAACUGCGCAAGGCGCGGCGUAUGCGCCGGCGCCGCCGUAUAGCAACUGCAGUAGUGGUAGUAGCAGUACGUAUUGGUCCACGCCGAGCGCGGGCGGCGGGAGCAGAAGCUCGAGCGCCGGCAGUGACCAGCUGCUGGUUUAUGGGGAUAUAAGCAUAGAUGACAUAGAAAUCCUGAUGUAAUUCGGCAGUAGCGCAAGAAAAAAAAUAGUUAUUGAUUUUGAUGAA